UCUUCUCUCUGCUUUCAUCAUUUUUCAUUCUUCUCUCUGAGGGAAAGAACGUUUGCCAAAGUCACGGAAAGUAAUUAUCAAGCGCAUUGAUCUAAUCUUUACUUCUGUAAACAUUAAGCUGAUAGAACGCAUUAGUUAAUGCAUCAGAUAUGAGUUUUCACAGUCUUGCAACGUGACAUAUUAUGACGGUGCGAGAAAAGUCUAACCUAAAAGAGGACGUUCUUGACAUAACGUAAUCGGUAUUAUUGUCUCCGAUUGCCCACAAAUCUCGUUAAACGAUGAGCGAUGCGUAUCAAAGGCCUGCUACUGUUGCUGAUCUGCAUAGCAGGAAGCAGCAUCGUUUUCAUUGCUUUCAGCAAUCAACGACCUUCCAUUCAGACUCUAGUGACGGAGACUCACAAACAAUUGCGGAACUUCCAGGAAAAUUUGAAAGACGUUGAAGAAAAACGUCUGGUGACAGAUUCCAAGUAUCUUGCGUUGCUUGGUCUGGAUGGUCAGACAAGCACUACACCAAUCAGUCUCAAGCCUCAGAAUGUGACUGUUGUGUCACUCGUAAGGCCUGGAAACGAGCAAUAUAUUCAUGGCUUUGUUAGAAACAUCAGCCAUUUUUUGCCAAAUAAUAGUAUUGUGAUUUAUAGUGUUGGUUUGAAUGAAGAAUCCUUACAAAGUAUUAGACUUGCUUGUAACUCUACGAGAUGUAAUGUGAUUCACUUUGAUCUAAGCCCAUUUCCUGCUCAUGUCGAAGAUGACACACUGCAUGUUUAUAGACCUUUAGUUAUUCAAACAGCUUUAAAUACGCUAGGUAGUAUAAUCUAUAUGGACUCAAAUGUGCGUCUGAAUUCUUCAGACAUUUCAAAAUAUCUUUGUCCAAAAUCUGGAAUCUUAACUUGGCCUACAAGGCAUGCCAUUAGUUCCCUAACGCAUCCAAAGAUGUAUGAAUACUUUCAUGCUUCUGCUGAGAGUUUUUUCUUUCUCCCAUUGAUUAGAGCAUCAUACUUAGUAAUUAGUAAUUUUAAAGACAUUAGGGAAAGUGUAAUGCUGCCUUGGGUCCAGUGUGCAUUGACGAGAGAUUGUAUUUCCCCUAUUGGUGCACAAUCGGCGGGUUGUAGAUUCAAUAAAAAGCCGCAGUAUCGAUACUCUGGCUGUCACGCGUACGACACUUCUGCAUUAAAUAUAGCGUUGGGAUUGCAUUUUAACUUUGAUGAUACGUAUUAUGUAUACAAGGAUCGGGAGACGUAUUUUAAUAAGAUUCAACCCGAAGAAAUCACCGAGGAGUACCUUAUGAUCACGCGGCAAAAUAAUGCCACUGAGACCAACGCUAGGAAUUUCAUAUCGGAACGUUAAAUUUUUUUUUGAUCUCAAUUUAUCUUAGGUAUGUCGAACAAGCACAAUUUAAUUUAAGAUUAUUAAGCAUUGAAUUAAACUAUAAUAAAUAGCAGAAUGGCCAACAAUCCUGGAUUUUCCUUUCAAAAGCAUUAGAUAUUGUUUUUAAAUUCUGAAUUUGU